ACUUUCCGUUUUCCUCGGCGGAUUUUGGUCAUCGCGGACACGACAUCCAAUUGAUCAUAAUCCUCUUUCCUCGGCGUUUUUACUUGUUCACCCACCGAGGCUGAUCAGUGGACCGUAUAAUUACAAUCGCCGCGUUACUCGGAGAAUUGAGAUAGCAGCUAAUCAUGGCUGCGGGACCAUACAACUACUCAUACAUUUUCAAGUACAUCAUCAUUGGCGACAUGGGCGUUGGCAAAUCAUGUCUUCUGCACCAGUUCACAGAAAAAAAGUUUAUGGCAGAUUGUCCACAUACAAUUGGAGUAGAAUUUGGUACAAGAAUAAUUGAGGUAUCUGGACAGAAGAUCAAGCUACAGAUCUGGGAUACGGCAGGACAGGAGCGAUUCCGGGCUGUUACCCGCAGUUACUACAGGGGAGCUGCUGGCGCCCUUAUGGUCUAUGAUAUCACACGGAGGAGCACGUAUAACCAUUUAAGUAGCUGGCUUACAGAUGCAAGAAAUUUAACAAAUCCAAACACAGUGAUAUUUUUGAUUGGUAACAAGUCAGACUUGGAGGCACAGAGAGAUGUAACAUACGAAGAGGCGAAGCAGUUUGCAGAUGAAAAUGGUUUAAUGUUUUUAGAGUGCAGUGCGAAAACUGGGGACAAUGUGGAGGAUGCAUUUUUAGACACAGCAAAGAGAAUAUACCAAAAUAUUCAGGAUGGCAGCCUGGACCUGAACGCUGCGGAGUCUGGAGUUCAGCACAAGCCCGCCCAGCCCCGAGCAGCACUCAAUAACGACCAGGUACCCACGGACAAGGGCUGUCAAUGUUAACCCUGCCCCCUAGCCACCAUCCAUCCCCCCUCCAAGACCUGCCAUACCCUCACCUCGCUGCAGAAAGGCGGCUACAGACAGAGGGUGCCAGCCAGUGAUACGUCAUUGCCAUCAUGACAUUGUUAACACUGACCACUGUGUCACCACUGGUGGAUAAUACUCCCGUUUUUUUUUAAAUCCAGUCAACUUCAUACUUCCUCACUUUUUCAGCCCAGUAACAUUGUAUAGGGGUGUAAAAGAGGAUGUUGAUUAAUUUAUUUUUUACAUAAAAUUGAACAGAUUUUAGAGCUUUUAUUUUCUAAAGCACAUUUCAGUUCCUUAGAAAAGCUACCGGCUUAUUAUAUUGCCAGACAUUCAUUUAGUGUGGGGAAUCUUGGUUGUUCUCGUUUAAGUCAGGAAAGCACUUUAACAUUCUCAAGAAUGCUCUCAUACAAAAGAAAACAAAAAAAGAAUGAAAAUUAGUCAUGUGUUAUGUAAAAUUUAGUCAAAUUCAAUUAUUUUUUAAUUUUUGGGCCAAUUUCAAAGCAUGGUGGAAAGCUCACAAGCUGCAUCUGCACAGGUUAUCUCCCGUCGUCUUCAGUCAGUUUCAAGCUUUGAUUAAUCAUGGUUCUAAAGGUAAUGGAUUAAUCCUAAAAUAAGGAUUGAGAAAUUGUACAGUUGUAAUGAUUGUUUUGAGCUAAAAAAUCCAUUAGAGGAAGUAUUUUGAAAUGAAUAUAAAUAACUCUAAAUAAUCUAAGCCCCUUUACCCUGUUUUGGGCAUGAAUCCCUCAUCAAACAGACACGUGGCCACUUUGCAGGAUUGAGAGAAGCCCUAUUUAAAAUAUCUCAGACUGCUCGACAUCGUUGUUCAAAGUCUCCGUUUUCAUUGCUUACUUUCAAAGUUGGAAUCAUUCUGAAUGAUUAAAACUUAUAUUUGAUCAAUUACUCUUAGCAUUGUUUAGUUUUUGCAUUUGAAUGGAUUUUGGCGAGCAAGGGGGCAUUCCUGUCUAAACAAGAUAACAUUCACAACUAUUCAGUAACAAUUACAAGUAACUUUCACAACUAUUCAGUAACAAUUACAAGUAACUUUCACAACUAUUCAUAUUCAGUAACAAUUACAAGUAACUUUCACAACUAUUCAGUAACAAUUACAAGUAACUUUCACAGCUAUUCAGUGCUGUAUGUUCAAGGUGGAUUUCAUAUUUGGUGAAGGCUGUCAGGAUAUAUCACUUUGACAAAAGCAUAUAAAUUUGUCAAAGUCAGACAAUGCAUCAGUUGAAUAAAAAUGCUUUAUUUGGCUACACAUUAUAUGAAAUAUUUGGACAAAUACUUAUGUCUGUAUAAACUUUGUUAGGUCCACUAUGUAACUGUGUCAAUUAAAAACAUGAGUUAAGUGAAAUCAUUCCAGGUGAUUGUAAUUGUGUGUAGUUUUGAUAUCGUGUCUGUCUAACUCAUCAUAAUUGUUUAGUGUCUGUGUUACACUUCAUUAUUGUUAAGUGGCUGUCUAACACAUUUUAAGUUUAGUGUCAGGGCCAAAAAAAAAAUUGUUUACUGUCUGUUUAACACUUCAUAAUUGUUUAGUGGCAGUCUGAAACUUCAUUAUUGUUUAGUGGUAGUCUGACACAUCAUAAUGGUUUAGUGUCUGUCCAACACUUAAUAAUUGUUAAGUGGCAGUCUAUCACUUCAUGAUUAUCAAGAGUCACUCAACACUUCAUAAUUGUUUAUUGUCUCUCUAACACUUUAUAAUUGUUUAGUGUCUGGCCAGCACUUUAUAAUUCUUAAGUGGCUGUCCAACACUUCACAAUUGUUUAGUGUCUGUCCAACACUUCUUAAUUGUUAAGUGUCUGUCUAACACUUCAUAAUUGUUUACUUUCUGUCUUACACUUCAUGAUUGUUUAGUGUCUGUCUAACACUUCAUAAUUGUUUAGUGUCUGUCUUACACUUCAUAAUUGUUUAGUGUCUGUCUUACACUUCAUGAUUGUUUAGUGUCUGUCUUACACUUCAUGAUUGUUUAGUGUCUGUCUUACACUUCAUAAUUGUUUAGUGUCUGUCUUACACUUCAUGAUUGUUUAGUGUCUGUCUUACACUUCAUGAUUGUUUAGUGUCUGUCUUACACUUCAUGAUUGUUUAGUGUCUGUCUUACACUUCAUGAUUGUUUAGUGUCUGUCUAACACUUCAUAAUUGUUUAGUGUCUGUCAUACACUUCAUAAUUGUUUAGUGUCUGUCUUACACUUCAUAAUUGUUAAGUGUCUGUCUAACACUUCAUAAUUGUUUAGUGUCUGUCUUACACUUCAUAAUUGUUUAGUGUCUGUCUUACACCUUAUAAUUGUUUAGUGUCUGUCUAACACUUCAUAAUUGUUUAGUGUCUGUCUAACACUUCAUAAUUGUUUAGUGUCCGUCUAACACUUCAUAAUUGUUUAGUGUCUGUCCAACACUUCAUAAUUGUUUAGUGUCUGUCCAACACUUCAUAAUUGUUUAGUGUCUGUCCAACACUUCAUAAUUGUUUAGUGUCUGUCCAACACUUCAUAAUUGUUUAGUGUCUGUCCAACACUUCAUAAUUGUUUAGUGUCUGUCCAACACUUCAUAAUUGUUUAGUGUCUGUCCAACACUUCAUAAUUGUUUAGUGUCUGUCCAACACUUCAUAAUUGUUUAGUGUCUGUCCAACACUUAUAAUUGUUAAGUGUCUGUCCAACACUUCAUUGUACAAGUCCAACAUUAACUUUAUGUAUCUUUCUUCCUGGAACAAAAUGCGGUAAACUUUUCUAUAAUUAAUGAAUCGCAGGAAGUUUUCAAUAUGAAAUGAUUUUGUGUAAUUGAGUCUUAACAGUGUUGAAAGUGGAUGCACAUUAUUCAUGGACUGUGUUCAGCAAGCAGGAUAUGGUUACCCGUGUACUGUAUUUACCAUGGUCAUAAGUUAAUUUACAGACCAAAGCAUAUUUCGCUCUCUUAAACUGAUUUUGAGUAUGUUUUUGAGGGAAAGAUCAACAUAAUUGCUACUAAAGAGAUCGUAUUAUAUGGAAUGCUGUUAACAAAUAUGAUGAAUUGAAUGUCUUCUGUAAUCCUUAUGUCAUGUUUUUAUUAAUAAAUGAAGUUGUAUUACAUAAGAUGUGUUCCUUCUCUGACUGUCUUACCAUCCUCAUGCAAUGUUACCAGUGUUGUUGUUAAGAUUGACAGUUAUUUGACUGUAUCUUCCGCAGUAUUUGCUGGGUUGGUGAAUCAUGUUAAUAUUUCAUAAGCAUAUUGUACUCGCACAAUGUUUUAACAGGGUUAAAUGGAAAGGAGAGACAGCUUACCUUAAAUGAUAUACAAGUUUGGUGUGCUUAAAUCCUGUUAUUGAUAGAAAUCAUAGUGCUAUACUUAGAUUCGAGGGGUGUGUUUUACUGCAUGUUGAGAGUAAAUGGUAACAAUUAUUUAUUUAGAAGUCAUAGAUAUAUAUAGUGAAAGCUGUACAUAUAUGUAUAUCAUUGUACAUUGUAUAAGAUAUAUUUUUUUCGGCAGGUGCCACAGUUUGAGAGAUUGUAAUGUUCAAUUCAUUUCUCUUGGAAUUGUGAACUUUCCUGGCAUGUAUCUAGUGAUAUUAUUUUCAUUCGAAUUGACAUGGGUGUGUACAGUGAGUUACCUAUCUCACCAGAUGGGCUUCUGGUUUGCAAUAUAUUUGUUCAAAGGUUUAAAAACCAAUAUGGUUUAUAAGGUUCGGAACUUUUUAACUUUGAUGCACUAUUUUUUAAUGACAGUUAAGUUAUUGUAGUAGGUUCAGCUUCUUCUAUAUGUGAGUUUCUCCUUAAAAGUAAAUACAAAAAACAAGAACCUUUGAGACAGUGUCAGUUAUAACUUGUAAGAUAUUUUAUGUUGGAAAUAGGAGCAUUUAGCCAUCGGGUGAGGUAGUUUGAACCACUAGGUUAUAUGACUCAGUACAUAGAUUAUAUGAUUCGUUUGGUGUGCCUGCGUUUUACAACGUUUCUGUUUAGCUAUAUUUUUUGUUUUGAGGAAUAUUUUAAUUAUGAAUUAAUUUUUGCUAACUACAUGUACUAAAUAGAUUGAAUGUGAUACCAUUAAAAUGUUAAACUGUCUUGUAUGAAAGAUAUUUCCUUUUUCUAUUCUUUGGUUAGGGAACUGUUGUUAUCUAAAAGUAUUUUUCAAAUACUUUGUAAAUAGAGGAUAUUGUGCAUGUGGUCUUUCAUAGUAAUAUUUAUACACUGGUAACAUUUUUGAUAAAUAUUGUAUUGGAUCGCCACAAAUGUAAUAUUCCACUUAAAUGUAUAACACUUCUACCACUAUUUAUUCAUUACAACACACAACUAAUUACUUGAGUAAUGUUUCAAACAUGUGUGAAGAUCGUUACACUGUUUACUGAUGAUGUCACAUCCGGAGUUAGUAGCUAUUUAUAUAUCUAGAUAUGUAUCAUUAACAUAAAGUGGCAUUAUUUCAUAACCCGAUCAUUGAUGAGAUAUAAUUUACUUUACCACAGUAUUGAUGAGUGAGAACAAAGCUUUACAGUUCAAUCUUUGUGGGAGAAAAUGAGCACAAUGAAUUUUAUGCCAUGAAAAUAACAAUAUCACAUAAUUGUUUUAGCUGCAACACUCAAUUUGAGGCCAUCAGAAAUAUUUCUUACAAAUAAGAUUUGUAAAAAAUGCCAAAAAUAGUGUUAAAUUGUAUGUGUUACAAUCUCUUUAAACUUUUCUCUUUAAAAGGUAUAUUUGCAUCAUUUUCAUACAGAGUUAUAACAAAUACCUAACCCAUGUUUCUACAAUAACCAAGUAGUUCAUCAGGACUUAACAAAAUUCAUAGUUUUCCUAGUCAAAUGAAUCCUGAAUGUUAAAAAUAUAAAAAUGAUUCAUUCAACCUCGAUUCAAUUAUCUUUUUAAAAGAUUCUGUUUUCGGCUUAAAGCUAAAAUUGAAAGGCAAUUUAAGUAUUUAUAGUUAUACAAUAAGUAUGAGUGUUGUUUCAGUAAAGAUCUUCCUCUGUGCCUUUAAUUAAAAUAUCAAAUAUAAUCAGAAAAUAUAUGUUUCUGAUGACCCCAAAAUUGUGUGUCGCGGCUCAUGAUCGGCGAGUUCUGCUGAUACUGAAUUACGUUAUCUAUAAUACACAAAAUAUUGGGUUUCAGAUGCGUAAGAAUGGUGUUAGGUUCAAUAAUAAACAAUAUACAUGUGUAACAAAUAAUACAUGAAUUUGUCAAAUAAGAAAGUUUAUAAAUCAUUUUAAUUGAAAUUUUGUCCAAUCUGAAAAUAAAUAAAGAUUCACAUUUUGUAAAAAAUUGUCUUGAAAUAUUCACAUAAUGUGAGGGAAGGUGGAAAGCAGACCAAAUCAGCUACAUGUAUUAGUGGGAGAAAUCUGGGGUCAGUUUCAUCCCAUAUCAUAGGAGCAGUUUUCUUCCUACAUUGCAUUACUAUUGAUGAAAAUCUUGGGUACUAAAUUGCUCCUUAGGAUUUUUAAUGAAACAGACCCCUAGACUUUGGCGAGUCCUUCAUAUGUCAUGCUCAUUUCACACUGUAUAAUUAUGUAAUGAACAAAUUGCCAGAUAUUUGUUACAUUGUAUGUUGAUUUUUUCAAGGAGUAAAAGGUAUUAAUGUACUCCGCGCAUCAUUGUUCAUGUUGAUUUCAUGUAUGCAAGGUACUAAAAACAUCUUACAUUAGGUUUAUUAGUUGAUACAAUGUUGUUUCUGUGCUCUGUAAUAAUUUGUAACAGUUAUUCACUCUGGUUUAUAUCAGAUACUUACAGUACCAUUCAUUGUAUGUAGCGCUAUGUUAAAGUAUGGAUGCACAUAUUCUGUUGUUGCAAUAUGAUUUUAAUUGUUAUAAAUUAUUUCUAUACAUUCAACAAACUACAUGUAAAUGUUGUGUAAAUUCAGUGUCAUGUCACCAUAUUAAAUAAUAAAUGAUACUUGAAGUAGAUAGAA